CAACGCAAAAGCAUUUUUCUUUCUUCUUCCCCACUCCGCCUCCGUGGCUUCUCGAGCCCUCUCCAAAACCCUCCAAAAACCCUAGACUCCGUACGCCUGCGCCGCACCCAUGGCGUUCUCGGCGCAAUCGGGCGGUGCCGGAGGCGGCGGGACGAUCGCCUCCAACCCCCGCGUCUGGAUCGUCGCAGGCAUCGCCGUCGCGGGGGUCAUCGUCCUCGCGGAGGCGGCGCGGCGCCGCAGGCGGUGGCUGCGGGGCAAGGCCGGCGCGCCGCCCGACUUUGGAGCCUUCUGCGACCGCUUCGAGCUCUCCCCUCCGCCGCAGCCGCCGCCUCCCGCCGCGCGCCAUCUGCUCUCGGGCCUAACCUUCGCCGCCAGUGACAACUUCGAGAUCGAGGGCUAUGUCGCUGGGUUUGGGAACCCGGACUGGAAGAGGACUCACGAGGCGCCCAGGCACACAGCAGUGACUGUCACAUUGCUGCAGAAGCAGGGGGCCACCUGCGUUGGAAGGACAGUCAUGGAUGAACUCGGCUUCGGUGUCACUGGAGAAAAUUUGCACUGUGGAACACCAAUCAACCCUGCUUCUUCGUCACUUGUCCCUGGUGGAUCAUGCAGUGGAUCUGCUGUGGCAGUUGCUGCACAACUUGUCGACUUUGCUCUUGGCACCGAUACAGUUGGUGAUGUGAGAAUUCCAGCUUCUUUCUGUGGGUUACUUUGUUUCAGGCCUUCUUAUGGUGUUGUUUCUACUCUUGGGACAAUAGCAAAUUCACAAAGUCUAGAUACAGUUGGAUGGUUUGCGCGAGAUCCAUGUGUUCUUCAUCGUGUUGGAGAAGUUCUACUACCAGCUACUGCAGGUGGACUUAAGCAAACAAGGCAAUUUGUUUUUGCUGAUGAUUGCUUUCAGCUGCUAAAGGUCUCUAACCAGAAAACUGUGCAUGCCAUAAAAAAUGCUGUCCAAACAUUACCCGGAUAUCAGCCACCUAAACACAUCAAUAUUGGCCAAUAUCUUUAUUCAAAUGUACCUAGCCUGAAGGAGUUUUGCGAACCUGCUACGAAGUUACAAGAAGGAAUGUCAGCCUUGAAAGCGCUGUCCACAGUGAUGCUGUUACUGCAGAGAUACGAGUUUAAGGAAAAUCAUGAGAAUUGGGUUAACACUGUUAAACCUAAGCUUGGCCUUGAUAUCUCUACUUGUGUGCUUCGAGCUGUGAACUUUGCACAUGAUAACAUUAAAUCUUUGUAUGCAAUAAGAAAUGAAUUGCGGGCGGCACUCAAGAAUCUUCUCAAGGAUUCGGGAAUUUUAGUUCUACCAACCACAGCUGGAUAUCCUCUGAAGAGAAACUCUAAAGAAAGACUAUCAUCUGGAUUUGAGGAUAGAAUGUACAAAUUUGUGGGCAUUGCUGCACUUUCUGGCUGUUGUGAGGUCACUAUACCCUGGUCAAAUCUGGAUCAUCAUGUUUCUCUUUCAUUUGUAGCAGCACAUGGAUCAGACAAAUCCCUUCUUCGUACUAUCGUGGAUACAUAUUCUCUCAUCCAGGACCAAGUAGUUUUGGCAUCCAAGUUGGUAGCCGCACCAGUAGUCAAUGGUGACGUUGAUAUUGAUGAAUCAGAGUUGCUGAAAGAAAAGGGAAAUAGUGCUUUCAAAAGAAGACAGUGGAGCAAGGCUGCUGAGUUUUAUUCAGAGGCCAUCAGUUUGAGUGACACAAAUGCAACUUAUUACUGCAAUAGAGCAGCUGCUUACCUGGAACUGGGCCGUUUUAAACAAGCGGAAGCAGAUUGUGACCAGGCCUUACUGUUGGAUAGAAAGAACGUUAAAGCAUACCUACGGCGAGGUUGUGCGAGGGAAGUAACUUUGAAUUACAAAGAAGCUCUUCAAGAUUUCCGGCAUGCUUUGGCUUUGGAACCACAGAACAAAACAGCUCUUGCGGCAGAGAGAAGGCUGCAAAAACUCCUGAAGUGAUGAGGAGUGCCAGCCUCAAACCUGUAAAUUUUUGGAGACGCGCCUUGGCUGCGCCUUGGUUGAAGGCAAUUUUGAUCGGUCACUUGUAAAAAAACAGAGAAAAGGAGUGUCCGUGCGAUCUGCCAGUUAAACUAUCCACGAGUCAUUGAACUCUUGCUCGGUUUUCUGUCAUUCAUAAAUUUGUGCCUCACUAGUCAGGUCAGGACGACUGUGAGGAGAUUUUUGUAUCUCCUGAGCUGAGAACAGAGGCUCUGUCGUUGAGUCGACCGAAAUUCAACCGACUAUACUGUGAGAUCCAGUCGUCGCCGUGCGAUACGGCAGGCGGCAAAUUUUGUAUUAUAUAAUAUGGCUGUACUGCUUCGAAAUGAAAAUCGAGAACACUUUCCAGUGCUUGGGCCA